AUGACUUUAGAGACGCCCAGCACAUCGGAGUUGAGUCCCCAGGACUUGGCUACUCGAGGAUGCGAGGUCACUGGUCUCUCCAUCUACAAAGACACCAACGAUGACAUCAACAUGGACAGAGUGCAUGCACUGCUGGCUGAAAUGAACUCAGAUGUCCCUCAAGGCGGAACAGACAUCGUUUACGGAGAAAGAGAAGCUCAGCGCCUUCGUCUCUGGAAACCGACUUCAAGUUCCACCAAGGCCCCAGUCAUCGUAUAUGUCCACGGUGGAAGUUGGACAAUCGGAACUUAUCUCGACUCAACUGGCUCAAAGAAAGUCAGCUACUUGAACGGCCUCGGCUACGCUUUUGCGUCAAUCAACUAUACGCUUAUUCCGAAGAUCACUGUCAAGGAGCAGGUGCAAGAGAUUGCUGACUCGGUGGCAUACUUGGUCAAGCAUUCUGAAGACCUCAACAUUGAUCCAGAGCGUGUAGUUCUCAUGGGCCACAGCUCAGGAGCACAUGUCGUAACCCUCCUAGGCACUGACCCAACUUACGCCCAAAAAGCCAAUUUUGACAUAUCCGUCUUCAAAGGCAUCAUCGCCCUCGACGGCUCAAACUACAACGCCCUUGCAGAAUUCUCUGAUAGUACCGGCCCCAUAAUCACAAACAUGAUCAAGGGACUGAGCGACGACCCGGAGAAAUUACAGGACAUGUCGCCGACGCAUCACGCAGCUGCACCGAAUGCGGGGGCGUUUCUGCUGCUGCAUGUUCAGAGGAAGGGGGGCAUUCGGCAGGCGGCUGAGUUGGCUGUGGCGUUGAAGGCGGCGGGGACGAGUGUGGAGAUGAGGGUUUUCGAGGGGGAGGGGUUUGAGGGCCAUGUUCAGAUGUUGUUGAGGCUUGGGGAUGAGAGUUACCCUGCUACGGGGGCGAUGAAGGAGUGGUUGGAGAAGCAUGUUCCUGUGUAA